UAGCACUACAGGCUCCUGGAAAAAUAUCAUAGGCCUAUGCCAUUGCAGUAUAACUAGUGAGACUUUCGUGCCUACAUAGAGCAGAGGCAGGUUGAAAUCAAAUUAACGAGAACAAAAUCCCUCGAUAAAUCAGUUACGAAUUUUCUAUUCAUUGUAGCCUAUUCUCAUAUGGACUGGGCAUCGGAGCCACGUGUCACAUGUGCUUCUCAGGACAAAACGGGGCAUCUGCAAGCUGGAUCUGGAGGAGGAUGCUGCGGCAAGUGAUACACAGAGGGCUCAAAGCUUCUUUCUACUGGCUUGGAUUAUUUGUCAGCAGGCACCCUGUCUUUUUCCUCACCGUCCCUGCAGUCUUAACUAUCAUAUUUGGAUCCACUGUACUGAGCAGAUUUAAGCCAGAAAAAGACCUCGAAAUCCUGGUUGCUCCAACGCACAGUCUUGCUAAAAUAGAACGGAGUCUCGCUAACAGUCUUUUCCCGAUCGACCAGUCCAAGAACAAGCUAUAUUCUGACCUACACACUCCUGGCAGAUAUGGCAGGAUUAUCCUGCAUUCAAAAUCUAGCGGAAACGUGCUGGAAUUGGCUGACCAGGUCCUUCAAGUCCACAAGGAAGUGCUGGAUUUGCGGGUUAAUUAUAAGGGUUUUAACUAUUCUUUCGCUCAUCUUUGUGUCAUGAGCCAUCGGGACAAGAGAUGUGUUUUGGAUGAUGUAAUUGCAAUACUCGAAGAUAUCCGAUUAGCUAUUCUAUCAAAUAGCACAUUGUCCAAGGUGUCAUUGAGUUAUCCAAAUACAACAUUAAAGGAUGGUAGGGUGUCUUUCAUCGGACAUCAGCUUGGUGGUGUAUCAAUUUCCAACAGCCGAGACCAGCAGGUGAAGUUUGCCAGAGCUAUACAGAUAACUUACUACCUCCGCAACAAUGGGCCAACAGUACAGGAUGUUAUUGCUGAAAAGUGGGAAAAUGAAUUCUGCAAACUCAUCCAUCGAUUGUCCACUAUGAGUGAGGAUCUGCACGUCCAGUCACUCACAUCCUAUAGCCUUUUGAGGGACUUCCAAAAAACAGGAGUACUUGCGAAGAGUGAGGUACUGGUCAGCCUUGUCCUGGUGCUUUUGGCAGCCACCAUCUCUAGCUCCAUGAGAGACUGCCUGAGAGGAAAACCCUUCCUAGGUCUCCUUGGAGUCUUGACUAUUUGCAUUGCCAAUGUGACUGCAGCAGGGAUUUUUUUUAUUUCUGAUGGAAAGUUUAAUUCUACACUUAUUGGGAUCCCAUUCUUUGCCAUGGGGCAUGGAACAAAGGGGGUAUUUGAACUCCUGGCUGGCUGGAGAAGAACUAGAGAGAAUCUGCCAUUCAAGGAGAGAGUUGCUGAUGCCUUUGCUGAUGUUAUGGUGUGCUAUACCAUGACAAGUUCUCUCUAUAUUAUCACAUUUGGAAUGGGUGCCAGUCCUUUUACCAAUAUUGAGUCUGUGAAGAUUUUCUGCCAGAGUAUGUGUGUAGCCAUUUUGGUGAACUACUUCUACGUGUUCUCCUUUUAUGGGUCUUGCUUAGUGUUCGCAGGACAGUUGGAGCAGAACCGAUACCACAGCGUGUUCUGCUGCAAGAUACCAUCAGUAGAGUACUUAGACCGACAGCCAGCGUGGUUCAAGACCAUGAUGAGUGAUGGACACGACCUCUCCACACACCAUGACAGUGUACCCUAUCAGAACCAUUUCAUUCAGCACUUUCUGCGAGAGCACUAUACAGAGUGGAUAACUAAUACCUAUGUAAAACCAUUUGUAGUCAUCCUCUACCUAAUUUAUGCAUCUUUUUCGUUUAUGGGAUGCUUACAAAUCAGUGAUGGAUCUAACAUUGUAAACCUUUUAGCCAGUAAUUCACCAAGUGUUUCAUAUGCUCUUACACAGCAGAAGUAUUUCAGCAAUUACAGCCCAGUGAUAGGAUUCUACAUUUAUGAGCCCAUAGAAUACUGGAACACUACUGUUCAAGAGCACCUCAAAACUCUGGGCCAUGGUUUCAAUAAGAUUUCAUGGAUUGACAAUUACUUUCAUUAUUUGAGGGUGGUGAAUGUGAGUGCAUCAACCAAAAGUGAUUUCAUCAACAUCCUUAAAAGUUCUUUUCUUAGGAGUCCAGAAUAUAAGCAUUUCACUGAUGAUAUCAUUUUUUCUAAAAAUGGGGAUGAGUAUGAUAUAAUUGCCUCCAGAAUGUAUCUGGUGGCACGGACAACAGAAAAGACGCGGGAGGAAGUUGUGGAACUUCUGGAGAGACUGCGCCCACUCUCUCUUAUCAACAGCAUCAAGUUCAUUGUGUUCAAUCCUACAUUUGUGUUUAUGGACCGCUACAGCUCCUCUGUCAUCUCUCCCAUCUUGACAUCAGGUUUUAGUGUUUUAACCAUCCUCAUCCUCACUUUCUUCCUGGUCAUCAAUCCAUUGGGCAAUUUUUGGUUGAUUUUGACCGUCACUUCUGUCGAGUUGGGAGUGCUUGGUCUGAUGACUUUAUGGAAUGUAGACAUGGACAGCAUAUCUAUUCUGUGCCUUAUUUACACUCUCAACUUUGCAAUGGAUCACUGUGCGCCCCAUCUUUACACUUUUGUACUUGCCACUGAGCAUACAAGGACUCAGUGUAUCAAGAUCUCACUAGAGGAGCAUGGAGCAGCCAUUUUGCAAAAUGCCUCUUGUUUUGUAAUUGGGAUGUUGCCCCUGCUGUUUGUGCCUUCAAAUCUGACCUAUACACUGUUCAAGUGCUCUCUGCUGACUGCUGGUUGUACAGUGCUGCAUUGUUUUGUCAUCUUACCUGUGUUUUUGACAUUUUUUCCUCCAUCAAAAAAAAGACAUAAGAAAAAGAAACGUGCAAAACGAAAAGAGCGAGAACGGGAAAGGGAGAGGGAACGGGAAGAAAUGGAAUGCAUCGAAGUCAGGGAGAACCCUGACCAUGUGACUAACGUCUGAAGGUUUAGGACAGAUGAAUGACAGGGGCCACAUUCAGUACAAGAAGAUGCCUAAAGCUCCAUAAGUCCAUAGUUGCUAGAGCUUACUGGUCUGUAAAAGAAAGAUGACACACAUCAUGCAAAAACAGCUAUGCUGACCUGAAUACAGACGUUUUCCAUUGUGCACUACAUUCUCCAGAGCAGACUAUAAUCUAGAAACAAUCUAGUUCCUGUUCUGCAUAGUGAAUGUAAUGUGCUGUACUGCUGUCCUUUUGGAACUUGUUUAAAAGCAAUAUUUAGUAUAGUACUUAAUGGUCUCAACUAUUCCGAAUUGUGUGUGUGAGGCAGGCAUCAAAUUAACCAAUGUUAUUGUGUCUCCUCACCCUGAAGGGUUGACAGUUGUAGUAUGUAAAGAAAGUGUUGUAAAAUUCCAACAAUGAUCGAGUCUCUAAUAAUAUUGUAACUCUGAUAGCUGAAUGUCCUAUACAGUUACACACUCAAUCGAUCAACCAAUCUCUUAUAAGAAAGGUUUCACUACCAUACUGUAGACUUCUGAAGUUCACCUACAAGAGAGCUACCACCUUUGACCAUAUAAAAGGAGAUCUGGUAACUUGAGAUUUUUUCUAUGGGAAAAUAACGUGGUGAUUUGGAAUUAUCACACUUGUUAAACUCUCACGGGACCGAAGAAAUCGGAAAUGCGAACGUUUUGCUCAACACACUUUUGUCCUCUGUCUUCGAGUGGGUACUGUGAUUACCUGUAUGUGAAGGCGGCACACUUUGAUUUUUGCUACCCCAGAGCUAACUUGCGAUGCAACUUGCCAUGCA